AUGCCGCCGAGACGAAAUGUGCCUGCGGGUAGCGACAAUAACCUCUCUGCGGUAGAUCGAAUGGUUCAGGCCAUGGAGAGAAUGGCCGAGUUGAUGCUAGCUCAACAAGGUCAAAACCAAAACCAGAGGCAGCCGAGAGUGGAUUAUGCUAAGGCGAUAGCCAGCCGCCAGCCACCGUACUACACGGGUGAAGAAGACCCGGAGGUCUACGACAAGAAUAAAAGGAAGGUUGAUGAUGGCCCGGGGAAGUUCAGGCCGGACAACAAGAAACCUGACCAGGGAAGAUUUAAUCCAAUGCAAGGAGAAAGGAAGGGAGGAAUGAAUCAGAGGAGAAACUCAACUUGCCGGAGAUGUGGACGGGAUCACCUCGGAGAGAAUUGCCAAGGGGAGAAGAUUAGGUGCUUCAAGUGCGGUUUCUUGGGGCACAAGUAUUACGAGUGCCGAACCAAGAUGGAUAAUUUUCGGGAUCCCUCUCAAGGAAACAAUCAGAAAGGAGGAUUCGGUGGGAAUGCCGGCCAGAAGCCCGUGGAGAUAAGAAAUGGAGGAGGGAAUGCCGGCCAGAAGCCCGUGGAGAUAAGAAAUGGAGGAGGCAACUUUCAACAAGGAAACUGGGGGAGAUUGAAGCUAUGGUCUACCGUUAGGUUAGAUCUAAAUGUCAAAACCGCUUUAAGAAUAGUAGUGACCCGUAGAGAGAGUUAUGACAACGUUGCAAUAGAAAUAGCGGGAUCUGGCUGUCCCGAAAACCUCGUUCGUUUUGAACUUGAGGGCAUCGAUGUAGUGCGUGGGAUGGAUUGGUUAGAUAAGUAUAAAGCCCGGAUAGCGUGUAAUGAGCGAAAGAAAUUGAGAAAGUACGCUCACCAGGGAUGCGUAGUGUAUCUCUGUUUGGUGCAAGAUGCCGAAAUAGAAGAACCUGAGAUUAAUCGAAUCCCAGUUAUACGCGAAUUCCUGACGUAUUUCCCUGACGACCUCACGAAAAUGCCGCCGGAAAGAGAAGUAGAGUUCACCACCGAUCUCGUACCGAGAAACUCACCCAUCUCGAAAGCACCUUAUCGAAUGCCACCCAGAGAGAUGGAGGGGCGGAAGGCGCAAUCGGCAGAACGGUUGGAGAAAGAAUUCAUCAGACCAAGUGUAUCACCUUGGGGGCGCGCCAGUACUGUUCGUUAA